CGUCCAUCACAGCUCAACCUCGACGAUGCCUCUUACUAGCCCGACUAUCGGGCGUAUCAAGCAGCUUGCUUGUCUGCUGAGAGACCCUCCUGAUUCUCCCGGAAAUCCCCCUCGGAGCGAGACUCGAAGUCGACUCAAGCAAGCCCUGCGCGCGAUGCCCCUGGAAAGCCUGGAUACAAAUCCUUUCGCUGCCGACACCUCGGCUUCGCGAGGCAGAUCACCAAUUACCUUGCCGCCGGCGCCUGUUCGAGUUCUGGCCGAGCUCGGAGAGCUUACCUGGAUACCCAAAGAUGAGGAACCCCUCUUGCGAGACACUAUCGUCCAUUGCAUUCGCCCUCGAUCUGGCUUCAUCAUCGACUGGAUGGAGCUUCUCGUGCCACAGAAUGGGCAUCUAGCAAAUGUUCCGGUCGAUCUUUACUUUCUCUGUACGGACGUGCUUGCUCUCCUACAUGGCCUGGAGCUCGAUCUCGCAUUGGACAUCACGCAGGCCGCGCGCCUCCAUAUCUUGGUGUUCAAAAUGUGGCUCGAUCCUCCAUCGCCAGAGGUGUUUCGAUCACUGGAAACGCACGAGCUGUAUCACGACCGUGUUGCGGCAAGCCUCGUAUUCAUGAUGGACAAGGUGAUGGUACGGCUUGACCAACCACCGUCGCCCAAAUCGAGAGCGAGGGAUGGGAUCGUCGAAGCCCUACUCGUCUUUUGCGGACACCGCCCGCGCCGCUUGUAUCGACGCAUAGUUCGAAGCAUCACCAAAAUCCUCAUGACGCCCAUUGACCCCACUCAAUGCGCCGAGCGCUACAUCUACUUCCUCCGCCUCUGCGUCGGUAACUACAUUGUUAUCCAAAAUCAUUCCCGAAAUGUCGUCAGGGGCCUUGUAGAAAUCAUCCGCAUCAUCGGUCGGCGGUUCGGGGGCAGGGGGCACGGCGCAGCGUGCGAGGCGUGCGGGGUCCUCUAUCAGAUCUGGUUCGCUGAAAAGGACAACGGAAGUCGGGCGCUCUGCUGGGCACUUCGCGCGGGUGUCCUGCCCCUCAUCUUAUCCCUACGUCGACAGGGCACAGACGAGAGCCUGUCAAAUGCGCUCAACUUCAUCGCAGAGCGCUCGAUCAGCGUACCCGUCGCGCGCGCGCUGAGAGUGGGUGGAUACGGGAUGUCAUUCCGCGAGGCAGGCGUCGCGGAGCCGCUGGCGACCAUCUAUACCGAGUGCAUGGUCGACCGACCGUCGUUGCAGCAGGACCAGAUGGGCCGAAAAUGCAGCUACGAGCAGUGUCCUGCGGGACGUUCAGCCUUCCAUGCUCGGGUGUAUCGCUGCACGUGCUUUCAAAAUUACUGCUCCGCCGCGUGCCAACAAGCGGACUGGCCAGAGCACAAGAAGGUCAAACACGGACCCAAGCUGCCACCGUCGGAUCCUCAGGAAAUGGUACUAGAAGGGGAACUCACGUCCUCUGACGCCCACUUCACCAUGCUGUGCGCCGACGUCUACGUCUGUACCCAUAUAGCGCAAGUCGUGGAUGAGGCAUUAGCGCUUCCUCUGCGGGAGAAUACAUCCCUCCAGCCGCUCUAUAUCAUCAAGCUUGAUUACACGACAGUACCUAUGCAAUGCUGUGUAUGCGUUGAUGAUGGAGAGGAGGACGAUACAGAGCCGAUGGUCAUUGUUCGGGCUCGGGUCAACUCUUCGGUGGGGAGAUGGCAUAUGGCGACCGUGGACGCACAUAUGGCGCCGCUGUCGGCCCUAUACAGCAUGGCCCGCGCUCUGAUAUAGUAUCUGCUAUGUAGUAUCCACCGGGGCUUCGGGUCUACGCUUAGUUUCGUAACACUCGCAUUCGUGUACUGAGAAUCUCGAAUUUUUGCUCAGCCGGAAGGUACCGUGAAUUCAGAACUACAUACAAUGCCUCAUGGCUCGGUCAGUACGCCCGGACAGACAAAUCUGAUAGCGCGAGGCGAAGGACACAAACCACAAGCUCCGUGAUGACAGGAUCCAUCGCCCUCAGCCUCGCCUUAACAAGCACCUCGUCCGGCCGCAUCAU